UUGUUUAAUUUGCAAACCAAUGUUGAUUAAAUUAACAAUUCUAAAAGCUUUAUGGAUGAUGUUUUACCAGAACAAUGUCUUUAUGAACACGGAUGAUGGAGUUUAAGUGCUACAAGUUGAUUACUGUCCAUGCUGGUUUGAAGAAAGAAAGUUGGCACAUAAUCCAAGGCCAUUUAUUAGGAAAAAAGUUUAUGAGAUUCUUUUCAAAGUUUGCCAGGAGUUUUUCCUCGGAAAUUCCCUCGCAAAAUUCUUAAAGCCGUUGCAACUAGCCGUUACCAGUCUCUAUAUUAUCUCACUCAUUUUUUCAUUCUUAUUCAUCUUCUCACAACUCUUUACAUUAUUUCACUCAAUUUUAUUUUAAUCUUCAUCUUCCUGUCAGUGUUUCAUCAGAUUAUUACCGAAGAUGGAUCAAUAUAUUAUACAUCGAAGUUGGAUGUACGAAAGAACAAUGGGGAAAAAGUCACUUCAACCACUUUUUAAAGAAGGAGUUCGUGGAUUUGUUGCUUUCAUAACGUCUCAAGACAGCCAUAAAAGGGAUGGAGGGACACGGUGUCCGUGUCUCAAAUGCACUUGUAGGUUCUACAGAAGCGCGGAAGAAAUCAUAACACAUUUAGAGAAAGUUGGUUUUAUGGAGGAGUAUUGGUUGUGGAGUCAUCAUGGUGAAGGCCUUCCGCUUACUAAUACUGAGGUUAUUCAUGAUAUCCGCGCUUAUGCCAAUAGAGUACUUACAGAGUGUGGUAAGAGACCACUAGAGCCUCGUAAACCUCUAAAAAAUACGAAAUAUUGUACUUACAGAGUACUUACAGAAGCUGAGUGUAGACAACUUGUUCCUCCUCCUCCGUUUUGGAUACCUCGUGUCAAGGAUUCUUCAUCGGCUCCACCUCUUUAUAGUACCCCUUUUCCGUGGCCUAUUCCGAAUCCUGCAAUGGUUACUCAUGGAGUUACUACUUCAUUAUCUACACAUUCACCGGAGAAUAUUACUACUCCGUUCUCUACACUACCUCCUCCCACCACACAACCUUCGAUCGUGCCUGAGGUAGUACCCGAUGAGCAGCAGCAGCAACAGCGAGAAGAAGCAGAUCCUAUGCAACAAGCACAUCAGUUUCAAGAAGAAGUGGAAAAACAGGAUGGACGUUAUGUAAUCUACCUUUUUAGUGACUCGUUGAUGCCGUCCAACAUUUCAGAACAAUACAUAAAGUCGGCAAUACAAGCUUGCUACAAAAAGUUUUGGCCCCAUUAUGGAUACCUUAAGGAUGAAGACAAGAGAGAUGUUUUUGAUGAGUUUAGGAAACAUUGUGUUUGGGAAGCUCAUCAUGAAGCUGAAGUUAAGGAUAUUUUUCAUCAUAGAGCUCGAUCCCAUUUGUCUGAUAUGCUAUUGGAUGAACAUAACACUUAUUGCGGAAACAGUGAUUAUCAGCCCGGAUGGAUUGACGAAGAAAUUUGGAAUCAACUGUUACACUAUUGGGCCACAGAUGCGAGGAUUAAAAUUCGUCCUGAGGCUGGAAAAAGGAUUCGAGCAUCUAUGGAAGGAGGAUUUCUGCACUCAAAAGGUUGUGUUAGUGCUCACACCCACGCUGGGGAGGAUGUAGCAGGGAAGGGGGCAAAUUACAAAAAGUUUGGUCUUGGAAGUUUGGCUCCCAACAUGAGACGUAGAUCUCUUUUUGAUGUUCUUGACAAUGCAGAAGGAUCUUCUCAUCCCCCAGAGUUGACUCCUGAGAUGCACACGCUGAUGCAACAAAUGACACAACAAUUGCAGGCUCAAAGUAAACAGUUGCAGACUCAAAGUCAAACGGAGAAAGAGUUGAGGGAUCAAUUACAUCAGGAAGUUGAGCAUAGAAGAGUGUUUGAAAAAAGGAUUGAACAACAGUUUGCUUCCCAUAAUCGUCCACCCAUACCAUCGCCUGUAGAAAUCCCCCAAUAUGAUUCUGAGGAGGAGUAUUCAUAAGAAGUCAAACAAAGGAUCUAAUUCGUACUAGCAUCUUAAUCUUUCAUAUGUUGCUCCAAAUAGAAUUAAUCUAAAUAACCAGACAAAAGGUUCUAGGCACUUCUAAUAGAAUUAUGCAAGACUCAAGUUCAUGGCAUAGCCCCUAUGGUUAUUUGUCAUCGAAUUUCACUAUGUACUAGAUAUUUUUAGUUUCGAAAUUAUAGUUUGAAUUGUGAUCA